AUGAGAGGAAGGUUGACGUUAAACAGAACUUCAACGGCUGAAAAAGAUAUAAAGUAUGAUAAUGUUGAGAAUUUUCCAAAACAAAAAAGAUCAUUUCUCACAAAUGCAUUUUCAAAUCAAUUGUGUCCCUCAAGUUAUGCAGACUUUAAUAAAUUUAAAGAAUUUCAACAAAAACACAACUAUCCAAUAUUAUGCCAUCGCCCUACAGGAGCUUCUUCAAUACCGGUCACACUCCUUCAUCCAGCAUUUGGCCAAUUUGUCAGUGAUUGCAAAAAUCUCAUUCCCACCUCAGAUGAUAUUAAAUUUGUUAUAACUUUAAGUAAAAGAAUGUCUUCCUUUUAUGAUAAUGAAAAUUUAUGUGCGGAGGAUUUUAGAACUUUAAUUACAAAAUACUGUGACCUAACCUUCGUGGCUUGUAAAAUAGGCAGCAAAGGUUAUGUGACAGAUGGUUCUUUAGUUACAGGCGACCACUACUAUGCGAAUAUUGAGGCAAAAGUGGAAUUUGGCUCUGGUGGAGAAGGGUUCUUUCAAUCUUCAAUGUAUUACAUAAACAUGGUCCUUGAUAAUGCUAAAAAAUACACAGGUCCUAUGUUUUGUUUUGCUGGUUCAGCAAUCCCAAAGGAAGUUCAUAUGGACCAAUUGACAUUACCUAUACCACUUUCUUACAAUCCAUAUGAAAAAGAUAUCGAAUUGGCUGCUGCAAGGACAUUUGGUGCUUUUAAAAAAGCAGUACAUUGUUUAAAGUCUUACUAUGAGAAUGAGUUGCAAUAUAGUAUAAACCAAAUCAUUUGUAAUCCUAAGUACCCAUACAAAUUCUAUUAUGGAAAUGAUGACACUAGAGUUGAAUUUAAUUACAAGUCUCAACUUGAGAGAAAACUAGUCUUUUUAGCUACAACUACAACAAAUAGAGAUAUACAUGUUAAAUUUGUCAAAAGAUAUUCAAAGGAGGCACAUCUUUUAUGUGCAAAUAUGGGGUAUGCUCCUAAAUUACAUGCAUGUGAGUCGCUUGCAGGAGGCUGGAUAAUGAUUGUUACAGAUUAUGUAGACAAAAAUACAUACUGCAGUUAUGUAUUCAAAAAUUCUAAUUUUCCUCCACUUGAAGAAAUCAAAAGUAAAACUUAUGAAAUUGUUAGUUAUUUACAUGAAAACAAAAAUUCAAAUUUUGAUAGUGCAGGCGAGGAAGGAAGCAUAAAAUAUCCAUUUGAUAUUAAUAUUAAAACUAUCCAAAGACCACCAAAUGUUAAGGGGGGUGAAUUAAUAACAAAGCAGAAUGAUGUGGAGAUGCUCGAAAUCAUGUGGGAGGAUUUAAUAUCAGAUAAUAAUAAUUAA